CUGCUUGUACCUUUCCUAUAUUCUUGCUUCGACGCACUGCCGGGUUCUGACUCCUAAAAUGAGAUGCACCCGAUCAAAUAUCAAGCUCGUACGGCUUUCUCUUCCUUUCUCGUGCGCCAUCACGGGGGGGGGGGGGGGGGGGGGGGGGGGGGGGGGGGGGGAUCGACGCAGCCAAGAUCUCGUGCGCUAGCUCCCAAUCGAUCAAAUCUGGUUCGGUGGAGCGAUGGGACGCGGAAACAACAGGAGGCUAAGAUCUAAUUGGACCCUGGGUCAUCUGCGCGGGUGCAGGGCGCUUCUGCUGCGAGUGGACCCGAGCACCGUCCGUAUUGGCCCAACUUGGCUCGGACUACUCUGCCUUAGGUACUCGCUCCUUCUCGUUUCGCUUGGGCUUGGUGCAGAGGGCUCACCACCCUUUCUCAUUUUAUUUCCAUGGACCCCAAUUCUGCUCGCAAGGUUUUAUUGCAUCGGAUGGUGGGUGCGUUUUGGUUUCAUUUUCGUGCGUCUCUGGCCGUCUCUGGCCCGAGAAAGUCAUGUAAUUGGCCCGAUUCAUGCCCAAGUGGAGGGAAGGAACGUUGAGAGAAAAGAGAGAGAAAAAAGGAUCGUUCAUAUAUGGUGUGCCGUGGCGAUUAGUUCUCGGGCGCGCGGCCCGUGGAAUCGGUAAUCAGGAACUUCGUCUGUUGCAGAGUAAGGAUUCGGGCUCGGCAUGAAUGCAAGAUGAUUGAUACAGCUGCGUGAUGGUACAUAAAGGCAACUACCAGGCGUACGUGACGCUGCCGACCUUGCCUGGCAGGUCCAUCAUCCUGAGCUCAAGAUCUCGCCGUGCAAGUC